CUAAUUUAUUACAUCUAAAAAAAAUAAUAUGCAUUCCUUUAUGCUCAGAGGUUAUAUGUAUAAAACCUCUGGACAUUAAGGGACGCUACCUAUUGGGUUUUAUUCAAUUGUAUUUGAUGUCAAAUUUAAGGCCCAUACAGUAGCCACUCCAUAUAAUAUUUACGGAUGCAUUCAUCAGCUUUCACUUUGCGUGGUUAUGCAAAAAUGAUAUUGCAUGCUUAUAAAUAUCCACAUCGGCCAGUUGUUGGUUUUCUUAUCGGAAAAACCAGGGUAAUGGAAAUUUUUGAAAUGUUUGUAAAUGUUAUUUUAUUGGUUGUGCGUUCUAGACAUUUAAAAACCGUCGAAUGUUGGAUUUAAUUUGCCAUUUUGACAUUGUUUUAACGCAUUUUACGAAACCAUUACUAAUAUUAAGUUUAGAAUUUUUUAAACUCUUUCUGCUCUUUUUUCUAUGUCUUUGUUUUAUCUGAUUGACAACAUAUAACUUCCUUUUUUCAUACUGUUGGACAACAGUAAGUUUAUUUCGGUACGGAUUUAUUUUUUGUUUUUCUCUAAUGGCGUUGAUAUGAGGCAUUGGAAAAGUUAAAAUUUAUGACGCUGAAGUGACUUUUCAGACUGCGAUAGUUGACGAAUUAGUUAAUUAAUACGGAUGGUGAGACUUUAUAUUGAGUGGAACUCUGUGUCAAAUUUUUCCAGAAUAACAGCGAAUUGAUAUGCACUGACGCUAUACCCGUGCUACAUGAAAGCGCUUCUUUGAGUAUGGCUUUAGAAGCGGCUUUGAUAUGUACAGAUAAUUGCACCAAAGGUGGUCAUGCGCUCAUUGGACUGUAUUUUUGCAAUCAGUUUCUUGCAGACAAUAGUCUCGAUCCCCAUGCAAUGCGAGUAGCUGAAAAAAUUGUUUCGAAUUAUCCGAACACAUUCCUCGUUCAAAUCGAUAACUCCCUUCUUAGUGCAGGAUUAUUAGAACCUGCUAUUCGAGUUUACACUUUGGAUAGCAAAUUAUGGAAAUCAAAAAGAUUCACUAUACUGAAUGAGGAAACAGUGUUACCAAUCGUUUCCAGUGCCGUACAGAUGAAAUUAUACCUCGAAAUAAUGGAUUUUGAAAAUCAUUUAGAUAAUCCUGUUAAUGACCACUGGAAUACGGCGCUAAAUGAGAAGUUGGAACAGUUAUCGUGGCGAAAUGCUUGCAGUUGAUCUCAUUUCUCAUCCUAGUCAUUCUCUGCCUUAAUCUCGUUGCUUGAAAGCUACAUUGUUGUAAACAUGACUGGAGAUUAUAAAAAAAUUUGCAAGAAAAGUGUGUG